AUGACUGAAAAUAUAACUGUGAAUAAGGACUUUAAUUUUGAAGGUAUAUUUCCCCAAUGUAGAAAGGAAUACGAAUUAGUUAAUAAAAAUAGAAUACGAUUAUGGUAUGAUCUUUCAAGUAUGUGCAGUGAUUUUCGCAAUUACAUUCAACCUACUGGAUAUAAAACUCUUUUUGAAGUUCCAGACCUUUGCGAAUAUCUUGGAGUAUAUUUAGAUUAUAUAAAAGAUAAGUCAGCCAAUGAUAAAAAAAGAAGUUGUUUAUAUUUUUUCUACAAAUUAAAAGAUCUAGUGAACACAUAUAAGGGAAAAUGCUACACAACUAAAGAAUGCUAUGAAAAAAUGAGAAAAAAGUAUGUAACAGUUUAUGGAGCUCAGAAAAACUAUCUUGCAGUUAUUUCUGAUACUUGUAAAGAUGAGGUUACAGAAAUUAAUAAUAUUGAUGACAAAACAUUUCACAUUUUGAAAUAUUUGGACGAUUUACACAAUAAAUUUGAAAAUUUAAAAAUUACUAAACACAAAACUGAUAAGGAUUCAUGUGCAUUUAAUAAAAAAUGCUUGGACAUAUAUGAUAAACUUUCAGAAAUAAACAAAAAAUCACAAAACGAGGGAUUAAAAUCAGAAUUAGAAAAAUUUAAAUCUGCUUAUGAUAAAUAUGUGAAAUCAAAUCCUCCAUGUGAAAAUCAGGCGAAGAUAUUAUAUUUAUCUACUGGGACAAAUACAGGAAUAGCUGUAUCAACAUUUGUAAUAAUAAUAAAUUUAUUUGUUUUGUAUAAGGUUGAAAAAAAAUUAAAUUUAUUAUAUUUAUCUUACACUUAUACUGUUUUUGGCAAAAUUUUAAAAUCCCCAGUAAAAAAGGUUAAGAAAAGUUUGAACAAAAAUAAAAAUGAUAAUUUCAACUUAAUUUAUUCAUCUGAGAAUGAACAAAAUGUUUUAAAUUAUAAUAAUUACAGAAUAGCAUAUUCGUCAGCAGAUUAA